GCCCGCCGUGCAGCCUCCGGUUUGUUUACAUCCUUUGUAAUUGGUGACGUUUUUGUUAUAACAUUGUGUGCAAUGAAAAACUCAUAAGUGAAAACGUUAUCUAUUUAACAGUGGCAGUUUAUUUGAUGACGUCGACAGUGUUAGCGAGGUUCAAAAGUCUCGAGUUACGCGGUCUGCCAGCUAGUCGAUUGUUUUAGUGCCUAAAUAGUCGUUCUUAGCAUGAUAAACAGAAAAAUAGAUCAACAUGUCAAUACAAAACCGUUAAAUAAGAGGGAAUCGUGUAUUCAUUUGAUUUUAGUUUAGUAAAACAAGUGAAAAAUAUUAAAGUGAUGUGUUAAAAGUGUUUAAAAUGAAAGACUCUGCGCCUCGAUGUGAGGAUGUGGCCGACAAACUGGUGCGGCUGUUUGGAUGGCGGCAGACAUACCCCGUGCAAAAGCUGCAGAGGAAUCUACUGCCUAAGAACAGUGAAGGGGGACCAGAGACAUGGGUAGGUGUGCGUGCAAUACGCGCAAGCUCGGGAGGGAUCUUGGACCCGGACGACCGCGUGUGCGAUGUGGCAGACGACCGCGAGACGCUGACCGCGGAGUGCCAGGGGCAGCACCGCGCCGCACAGGCUGAUGGCGCCAGCGGCUCCUCCGCCGGCACCGCCUCGCCAGAUAUGUUUAGAGGCGGCGGUGGUCUGAGCGUUGGUAGCGCGGGCGGGAGCAUGCGAGCGGGUGCGGGAACGGGGCAAGGCGUUACAGAGUCGUGCGUGGAAGUUGGGGGCGCGGCGCUGGAGGACGGCGCCAGCGGACUGCAGGUGCGCCGCGGGAGCGAACCCUCACUGCACCAGGAUACUAUGCCGCCGCAGAGACAGGUGUGUGAGCAGACGAAGCGCUGGUCCGCGGCGGUGGUGUGCCGCGAGGAGACGCGCGCGCCGCCGGACGCCGAGCGCGCGCCGAACGGACAGCACUUCCAACGGCACUCCAACAGACUCUCCAUGCAGUUCUCCGGACCUGGAAGUGGCGUUUGGUUGGACGCGGCAGAGAGAGUACAAAUCUACGGCAGCAAGAGUUUGCCCAGAGACGCUCGCAGAGAGCCCCUGGGGCAGGACACGUCCGUUGACACACAUCAAAAUCAAAACCACAGAGUGGAAGACAUGUUGCGAUGGGUGUCGGGUGUAAAUAACGUCUCCAGCGAACCUCUCGGACAAGAACGCCAGUUAGAUCUCCUUCCUGAAAUGGGCAUCAGCGAGCGCGCGGUGUCCGGGCUGGAGGUGCCGGUGACCCCCGGCGGGCGGGCAAUAGAUUCAGCGUGGGGUCCUUCAGGACAUUACGUUAAUUACGAAGAAAUUCAAAACUUCAAGUAA